AUGGUGAAUGUUCUAUCAGAGAGUGAAGAAAUUUGUCCCUUCCGUCUCCUACCUGUUCUCGUUGACCCUGUCGUACCUGCUGCACUCAUCAACCCAGUCUCACAUGCUCUCCUGAAACCUAUCCCACCUGCACUCAUCGACCCUGCCCCACCUGCACUCAUCGACCCUGCCCCACCUGCACUCAUCGACCCUGUCCCACCUGCACUCAUCAACCCUGUCCCACCUGCACUCAUCAACCCUGUCCCACCUGCACUCGUCAACGCUGUCCCACCUGCACUCGUCAACCCUGUCCCACCUGCACUUAUCAACCCUGUCCCACCUGCACUUAUCAACCCUGUCCCACCUGCACUCAUAAUCAACCCUGUCCCACCUGCACUCGUCAUCAACCCUGUCCCACCUGCACUCAUCAACGCUGUCCCACCUGCACUCAUCAACCCUGUCCCACCUGCACUCAUCAUCAACCCUGUCCCACCUGUACUUGUCAUCAACCCUGUCCCACCUGCACUCGUCAUCAACCCUAUCCCACCUGCACUCAUCAACCCUGUCCCACCUGCACUCAUCAACCCUGUCCCACCUGCACUCAUCAUCAACCCUGUCCCACCUGUACUUGUCAUCAACCCUGUCCCACCUGUACUCAUCAUCAACCCUAUCCCACCUGCACUCAUCAACCCUGUCCCACUGCACUCAUCAACCCUGUCCCACCUGCACUCAUCAACCCUGUCCCACCUGCACUCAUCAACCUUGUCCCACCUGCACUCAUCAACCCUGUCCCACCUGCACUCAUCAACCCUGUCCCACCUGCACUCAUCAACGCUGUCCCACUGCACUCAUCAACCCUGUCCCACCUGCACUCAUCAACCCUGUCCCACCUGCACUCAUCAACCUUGUCCCACCUGCACUCAUCAACGCUGUCCCACCUGCACUCAUCAACCCUGCCCCACCUGCACUCAUCAACGCUGUCCCACCUGCACUCAUCAACGCUGUCCCACCUGCACUUAUCAACCCUGUCCGGUCCCACUUUCAACUCUCUUCAACCGGGUCUUUUCAGUUACAAGGAUCCGACUCUGA